AUGGGGGACGAUCCGGGGAGGCUUUAUCGUUUGGAUGGAGUUGCUCAUAUCGCCGGGGUGAUCAACGACGAGCGGUUUGUGUAUACAAUGUUGGUUGCCUCCUCGUCGUUGCAUAUCAGCAUUAGGCGGCAGCAGGGGAUGCGUCUUGAUGAGAGGUGCGUUCCGUACUUGCAGAUGGCCGGAUUGUACCAUCUUGCGAGACUGAACGACAGAUGGUUCCGACUAGACGAGCCCCUAGUCAGCGCAUUCGUCGAGAGGUGGCGGCCUGAGACGCACACCUUCCACAUGCCGUUCGGGGAGUGCACCAUCACGCUUCAGGACGUUGCAUACCAGCUGGGGUUGCCAGUGGACGGACAUUACGUCAGUGGUCGCCUGACGGACUUUCACCUGUACAUUGAGGGUGGGAGGCAAGCUUGGCAGUGGUUCCAUGAGUUGCUCGGUGUUUUACCUCCCAAGAACCAGGUUCAGAAAUUCACAGUCAACUGCACCUGGUUCCAGGAGACAUUUGGAGAGUGUCCCGACGGGGCUGAUGAGGAGACAGUUAGGCGCUUUGCCCGUGCCUAUAUCAUGAUGUUAUUGGGCACGCAGCUGUUUGCCGACAAGUCCGGCAAUCGUAUACACAUCAGAUGGCUACUCUAUGUUGCUCGGCUUGAGGAGAUGGGUGGCUACAGUUGGGGGUCGGCGACACUAGUAUGGUUGUACCGGUGCAUGUGCCGAGUCGCCAACAGACAUGUCGUGAAAUUAGCUGGGCCUUUACAGUUACUGCAGUCUUGGAUCUUCUGGAGGUUUCCUUCAUUUAGGCCUACUGGGUAUGAUGAGAUUAGCUGGCCCCUUUCCUCAAGAUGGUCUGGUUACAAUCCUUGGAUUAGCAAUAAGGGACCUCGGGUACAGAUGGCUCGCCUGAAGAUCGACUUGUUACAGCCUCGGGAUUUCAUAUUAGACUGGCAUCUUCACUGGCAGGAGCGUGCGGAGCACAUUUUACAGUUCGACAUCGUGCCCGAACCCGGUCCUUCACAUGAUUUCUUGACAUAG